UCCUUUAGUUCACCCCAAAAUAAAUGAUCCCCGUACCACCGACGAGCACGCAGGAUCCCUAACAUAGUACAAAUACACAUAUCAAACGGCGCAAAACAACGAAACUGGUUGUGGUUAAGUGUUUUUUUUUUUGUUUCUACGUAAAAUAUUUAAACUGUGAUAGUUGAUUGAAAGUGUGCGCUAUGUCCAACGAGAAAGAUUACCUGACGAUUUACCGGGAGUUCUUCGCCGAAUUCGCGAAAACUGUCAACCCCAACGAUCAGCUGCCUGUCAAAUUGGCCUGUUACAAGUUGCUAAACGUUGAAGUGGUUGGAGGAAUCAUUGAUUGGACCACCCAGUAUUUAACGCAAAAAAACUGCCCUCCACAUUUACUUGGCGUCCUGAUCAAAAUGGUCAUAGAAGAAAUCAGAAAGUCAUGCAAGAAGCAACCGACUGCAUGCGGAUUUAAUCCGAACGAUAACGCUUACGAACCGCUCAAAUUAAUGCAGACCGUAAUGGCUAAAACGAACGAGAUCUGCUUGCGAUAUUUGGACAACAGCAUGCUUAGUUCACUGCCACCCCCGGGCGCCUCCUUCCCGAUAACCAGCGUCGCAACUAUGAAGAACAGCAGGAGGACUAUGGAGGACAGACACACCGUCGUCAACGACCUGAACGAGAUGUUCAGCAAUCUUCAGGGAGCCACUCCGUCCAGUUACUACGCAAUAUUUGAUGGCCACGCAGGCCACGACGCCGCUGCCUAUAGUAGUGCCCAUUUGCAUCAAUUUCUUGUUGAAAAUAAAUAUUUUCUUAGCGAUCCGAAACAAGCCUUGAAAGAUGCCUUUUGCAAAACAGAUGCUUUAUUUUUAGAAAAAUGUGAAGUUGAAAAUUUAUUUAGUGGUACCACAGCUGUAUGUGCUUUAUUAAGACCUAAGGAAAAAAUGUUGUACAUAGCAUGGGUCGGGGAUUCUCAGGCCAUUUUAGUUAGACAAGGGGAAGUUAUACAAUGUGUCGAUCCACACAAACCAGGACGACUCGACGAAAAAGAACGAAUCGAAUCGAAAGGAGGAUGCGUCAUUCUCUGGGGAACGUGGAGAGUUAAUGGACAAUUGGCUGUGUCAAGAGCAAUAGGUGACCCUAGUUAUAAGCCUUAUGUAACUGGUACGCCCGAUGUAAAUGAAUAUCCCUUAGAUGGUAAUGAAGACUUCAUUGUUUUGGCAUGUGACGGUCUAUGGGACCAUGUCACAGAAUACGUAGUCUCCACAACAGUUUACAAUCUUCUCUUCGAAAAUGCAGACGACACCGAACGAAUCGGCAAGCACCUGGUCCAGCUAGCGAAGCAGGAGGGUUCCGUCGACAACAUCAGCGUGAUAGUCGUGUUCCUGAAGGAUCCGGCGAAGAUAGUGGCGGACGCCCACCGGGCAAACCACAACGGCUCAAAGGUCACGAUGGACGCGAGCUUGGACAAUGCCAACAACCCAUUCACGAACUCGAACGGCACCGCCGCCGACAACGUGCUGAAGAGCGACGAUCUCCUGCUCCAGCUAACCGGCAACUACAAACAGAACGGCACCGAUCUGUCGCCGACGCCCGGCUUCUUCAACAUGGACAAUUCGAACGGCAAACGGCCCGGAUUCGACGACGACGACUUCGGACCCGAGACGGAUGUGGACGCCGUCGACGACGUGGCCAUGUCGCCGGCCGAGGAGGAGAAGAUUUUGGGCGAAAUCAACAAGGAGUACUCGAACAUGAUCAACAAUCCGGAUGAGAUGAACAAGUUCGCGGAGCAACACCAGAUCAACCUGGGACUGGUCCACGACAUGCAGAACAUGCAGAAGGAUGAGUUCGACGUCAUCGCCAACGCCAGGGAGGAGACACCCACCCCUCCCGCUGAUGCUGUACAUGAUGUUAGCGGGCUAGACGUUGGCGAGAGCGACUCUGAAGACGAGUGGAACUAUAUCAAAGGAGACGAAGCCAACAAAGAGAAGAGCAAUUUGAAACUUUCCCUGCAGCCAGAUAAUCAGGUUGCGGAAUUGACAGAGGAAGACAAUAUGUCUCAGCUGAACCCGAACGCUGCCGAAUUUGUGCCAGUGUCGCCGACGCGGAGCAUUCCCUCGCCGGCCUGUCGCAACCUCAUCAACGAUGAGAUAAUUGCGCAGUCGCCGCAGCGGGCCACUGUCCAAAAGGACCUGGAUAUCAACUUGCCAAAUCCACAGGAAUUUGAAAAAGAGAUCAAGUCCAGGCCCAGUGAUGUUGCCUAUAGCAACGGUCACAAUGAUGAUGAAGACUAUAGGCCACUUUCACCCUCUUCGAUGCUGCUUAACGGCAAAAACAUAGAUGACAUCCCCGAAUUUCAACCAGGCAGUACCCCGCAAAAGGCGGCCCCGAUCGGUGAGGAGUUCCACUUUGGUCCGAACGCUGCCCCUUUCACACCCGUCAGACUGUUGGAUCAGUCUGAGGCGGCGCUCUCCACCAAGGCGAUAUACGGCGACGAAUCCGAGGCAACGUUGGGUGCGUCCUUCAACGAGUCCGUGUUCUCGCAAGACGGCGGCGCCAAUCCCUUCGCGGCCAAAAAUCAAGACCCGAUGUCGAUGUCGUUUUACGAGAGCAAGGCGGAGGACGAUGUGCUGAAUCAAGUGCAGCAGUUGCCGUCCGACAGUUUCGAUGACUUCCUGAAAAGUGGUGGCGAGAAGACCGAUAUCAAUAAUGACGACCACAUCCAAACAACAGACAUUGAUAAACCGGAAGAAUCGAAGAAGUUUGACGUUGACGAUGAGAAAGAAUUGGCUUCGCCAGUCUCGCACAGCGAUGAUUUCUCCAAUGAUAUCUGUGAGUUACCCAAAUCGCCGGAACCAACAGCUGAUGUAAACGUGUGUGAGAAACCUUCCGAUAUAACUCCCAGCUCUGAGGGCGACAAUCAAUUUAUUAAAGUUGACAAAAGCGAACCAUUUUUAGAUAUUAAAGAUUCCAAUGAAUCACACGUUACUGCCGAGCUUUGCGCAGAUACUUGUGAUAGAGUUGAAUCAAAAUCGCAACUUUUAGACUUUUCCGAUGAGAAAUUCGAUGUUCCAGAAUCAAAAUCUUCAAUUGAUGAAUUCUUGGAAUCAAAAUCACCAUUACCUGAGGGAGAAGCUGAAAAGCAAACUGCUCCUGAAUCCACCCAAACGCCAUUUAAGGAUGAGGCCCUGUCCCCUGAACCUGUUUUGUCUGAACCAGCAAUAACACCUGAUCCAGUAAUUGCUUCUGAACCGGAAGUUACAUUCAAAACAGAAGCCACAUCUCCUGAGCCACCAACACCAAGUAAUGAACCAGUCAAUGAAUGUUAUCUUACUGAGAAGUUGGAGUCACCAGUUCCAUCACCACAUAUUCUUACUCCUGAACCACAAGCUUUGUCUAUUGAAUGCGAAAACUUUGAUAAGUCGGAAUCGGCGCUGUCACCACAACCUAGCGUUCCGUUCCCAGAGUCACAACUUUUAUCAUCUGAGCCGAUAUCAGCAGCUUCACCAUCACCCGAACCAGAAGCUUUGUCUCCAAAACUACAAGAACCUGAACUAGCAUUAUCUCCAAAACCACAAGAAUCUGAAGUAGCGUUGUCGCCAGAGCCACAGCCAUUAUCUCCACAACCAGUGGAUUCUCCAAAACCAGAACCAGUGACAUCUCCAGAACCAGAACUGGUGGCAUCUCCAGAACCAGAACCAGUGGCAUCUCCAAUACCAGAACCAGUGGCAUCUCCAGUACCAGAACCAGUGGCAUCCCCAGAAGUAGAACCAGUACGAGUGGCAUCUCCACACAAGAUUCAUUUUUCAGACCCAGAAGUUCAGUCUCCAGAACCACAAGCACCAACUCCCGAGACUCAACCACUUUCACCAGAAGUUCCGGAAGUUCAGGAAUGUAAUCUGUCGCCAUGCCCACCAUUGGAAGAGAAACAGGACGAGUGCAAAUUGGAAUUGGAAAAGCCCAUCGAAUCUCCUCACGAGGAUAUCACAUCUUCUAUCAAGGACGAUGUGUCCUCUCCAACCACUCCACAGUCCCAAGUUGUUGAAGAAAUUGCUCCCGAGAGUUCCCCUGUCUGCACAUUGAAACCGGAAGUCGAAUCAAUUGUUGCACCUGCCACCUUGGACUUGGAGCCAGUUGGUGAACCUCUCCUAGUUAAAACCGAAACCAUUGCACCCGAGUUCGCUGAACCCGCCGUUGUAACUCCCUCGGAGAACUCUGAAAUCGCUCCUUCAGUGCCUCUGGCAGAGGCACCUGAAGCAGCUGCUGCUGUUGUUCAACCAAUAGUGGAGGAAAAGAAAUCGGAACCGGUGGUCGAACAAAAACCGUUAGAGAAAAAGCCUUCCUCUCCGACUAAAGCCAAAGCUGCAACACCGACAUCAGCCAAAAAACCUUCUUCGGCCAGGUUGCCUUCGACAACCAAGGCGCCUCCAACAACCAAGUCUUCUACUUCCAGAGUCGCCAGCACUACCAAGACUACCGUUGCUUCAAAACCAAGCGCGAAACCGGCAGUUGGGUCAACUCUCACUAAGACCGCCGCUCCCAAGACUACUGCUGCUUCUCCCAAAGCACGAACUGGUGUCACUGCUCCAAAACCGACUGAGCGCAAGCCAUUGACCAAUGGAGAUCUGAAAUCACCUGGUGCAAAGGCUACAACUGCUCGCAAGCCGCUCGUAGAUGCUUCAUCUCCAAAGACCGCACGACCCGCCACGGCGACCACAAAAACGAGCCCCACAAAACCGACUGCUGCAAGGCCUGCUACCGCUCCUAGAACCACAGCCGCAAAACCUUCAUCGGCUGCUCCUUCAAAAUUGAACGUCGCAGCAAAGACCACGACUACUGCAUCGAGGACUACCACCGCGGCUAAAGCGCCUCUGUCAAAGCCAAGCACGACUUUGACUAAAGCACCAUCGACCACAGCUCCAAAAGCACGCGCUACCAUGAGCCAUUCAUCGGCCGCGGCCAAACCCAAAUUGUUAUUGUCGACAGCAUCAAAUCGCGCAGUGACCAAAACAUCGGCUGGACCCGAUGCCGAUAAGCAAAGCAAGGAAACGGCCAACAAACGCGUCGCGGCCACUAGAGCUGUACCCUCCACCACCAGAACGACAACCACACGCAAAGUCGAAACCAAAGCACCGGGCAGCCGAACUACCGUAACGAAAACGACCACAUCCACCACCACGGUAACGAAGAGUGCGACGGCCAUGAAGAAGCCAUCCGAAAUAAUUCGCAACGCGUCUAAGACAUCUACAACCAAGGUGACGAAGAUUGAAAAGCCAAAGGAGAACGGUAUCAGCACCGUGGUUACAGAAGAAAUCACCACAGUGAACAAUCUGAUAAACGAAGAGGAAAGUCUGGUUAAGGAUAAUUCCCCAAUUGACAAUAAGUUAAUUGUCGAGAAUACAUUAAUCGAGACUAAUAAUGCAGACUGAAGGAUUUUUACUAACACUACUAUACUUACUUAGAAUUUAUAAUUUAAUUUGUUAUAUUUAAAAUUUUUAUAUCUUUACGCCCCCCCCCCCCCCUAACUAUGAAUGUAUAGAGCUGUGGUAAUAUUAAUGAGUACUACUAAGUGGUGUGGAUAUAACGAAAGACUCUGGUAACUAAAUAUUUAAGAUUUAAUUUAUAUAUUAUAAUAUCGACAUUAAAUAAUCGUCGAUUGAUUUAAAAAUUUGUAUGUAUUUAUUAUUCUUAAGUUAAGCUUUUUAUUGCUUAGGUGUGCUGAUGUGAUGCUAUGCACUCUUCUGUAAAUAUAUUUAAAGAAUAUGGGAAAUUUUAUAUUUGGGUGCUAAUUUUUAUUGGCCUAUUACUAGUACUAUGUUUUUAAUAGACUUUUAUUACAUUCAAAUUUUAACCGCAUGCGAGAAACGUUACUUAAUUUUCCUAUUUAUAGAGACACCCUUUAUUUGCUUUUAAGAUAACUUUUAAAAUAUUUUUUAAUACUAGUGAUUCGUAGAAUAAACUUAUGUAAACAGUAUAUUUUUAAACGUUUUUACUUUAGACUUUGUUUUAAUUUGAAAUUUUAUUAUCGUUUGUCUUAGUUUUGCAUAAUAUUUAUUGUGAAUUAUAAUACUUUCAGCACAAAAUAAAAAAAAAAGUCUUAAGAACUGAA